UCUCUACUGAAAAAGACGCCGAGUCACAUGAGGAUGGAGAGAUUUUUCAACAAAAAAUCCAGUCCAGUCCGGUCCCGGUCUUUUAAAGGAUUUAGAGACAAGGCAAAUGGGAUUACACACGCGGGGACAAACGCAUCAAGAAUUUUCUAUGGCAGCCAGAUUUUAAUCGCCAAAUUUAUUUUUUUGAUUUUUAUUUUGUUAGGAGAGGGGGACUGUGUGUUUGCUACUAGCACCUGCUCCCUGCCGGAUGCUCGUUUUUAUAUAUUAGGGCCGGCUUGAUGAUCAUCUCAAUUACCAAGUGGUUACAAAAAGAGGGGUGGAAAAAACAACACUCUAUACCCUCCUCCACUUUUUCUUUUGUCUGUUAACUGACUGACUGUGUGUGUGUGUUUGGUCGGUUUCCCUUUUGUUUUGUCUUUUUUUAUUUUAUCUGUGUGUGGAGAGUUUGGCUGCUUUAUGGGCAGAGGAUGGCCAUUGGGGGUCACGUGCCACUGUCAAUGGGGGGAAGGAAAGAGACUCUGAGCGACUGCUGAGACUGCACCUGGCCGUGGUACCAGCUGCUCGCAAGGGUACCUCACUCCUCUGUUGCCAAGACGAGAAAUGACCUCGACCGUCAAGAGCAUUCGCCAAAGACGUGCAAUAGCCAAAAGGAAUAAGAGAUGAGCACCUUCCUCCUCAAGUUUGGUCGGGUGGGGGGAUCCUAUUGUGCCAAGAGAGAAAACUGCAUGGCGUCGCCGUACGUCGUUCAAAAAGAUUCCGCCCUUCUCCUUCUCCUUCUCUCCCUUUUUUUCUCGUUUGGGAGGACCCCCCCUCCUUCUUAUUCUUGUGCUGGGCUGAACCCCCCCCCCCCCACUAGCCAAAGGGAAGGCGAAAGAGAGGCAGGCAGAAAGAGAAACUCGAGGCACUGCUGCGGUGGUGUUGUGUUGUGUUGUUGGGUAGGUACUCGAACAGAAAAUCCCAGAGUCUAUAACGGCCCCUUACAAUCUACUUGGACAGUUUUCAGUCGACUGUCGUCUCGUUCACAUUCACCGAAUUUUGCGCCUGUGUGCGGUCGUUUGGUUGGAUUAUCAUCAUCUCCAUCGCUCAGCCCAACAUUUGUAUUUUAUUGCCCUCAGUGUUGUUGUUGUGUUGUCGUGUGCAUUCGUUGCUGUUGCGGAUGACGGUGGUGGCUGCCAUCGACAAGAGUCCCACCAGUAAAGUGACGACCAAGAUGCUCAUUUGCAUUUCUGGCUUUGUCGUCGGGACGGCCGAGAUGGUGGUGAGCGGCGGUGAUGGAAACUACGGCAACUCGUCAUCCAACGGCCAGUGCCUUUUGCACGUCCGAUCCCGUUUGCACCAGCAAUCGGCCCAGCAGCUGCUGUCACCUCAACAACAACAAAUGGCCAUCAGCCACGGAUCGACGACCAGCAACAGCAGCAGCAGCACCUCGGCUCUGAUGAAGAAAAGUCUGCCCGUUCGAGGCCCAGGCGACGACGUCGUCAAACGGACCCGCUCCAUGAAUGUGUAUGAGAUGUCGCAGGACUUGCUGGACAAGCAAAUUGAGCUGCUGGAGCGCAAAUACGGCGGGCGGGGUCGAGCCAACAACGCGGCCCGCGUCAUCCAGCGCUCCUUCCGCCAUUACUCGAUGCGGCGCAAAUUCGCCACCAUCACGGCCAUGGCCAAGGCCGACCAGCGUCGACUCAGUCGGCGCCUUCACAACGAACUGGUCGAGUCGACCACCUGGUCCACGACCGUCGGCCUCGCCCCCCUGGACGGCAGCAGCGGACACCAGGGCGGCCCCAACAAUUCGUCGUCGUCGUCUGAGGAUUCGGUGGCCCGGGCCGAGUACGUCAUCCGCACCAAUUUCGCAUCGCUGGUCCGCGAGCUGAACGAAGAAGGCGUCCGCAGUUCCACCCGUUCCGUCUCGUCGGCCCAGCGCCAACUGGUCCAGCAGAUGAGGAUGUCGCCGCAACAUCACCACCACCAGCACUUUUAUCAUCACCACCACAAUCACCACCUCAAUCACCUGCAGCAGCAGACGGGCAGCAGCAGCAGCAGCGGCCAUCAUUACGCCUAUCAGCAUCAGCACUCGUUCGAUUUGAGCCAGUACCACCACGCCCAUUACCAGCAGGCGGCCACUUCGCCACCACCACCGACGCUGGCCAACGGCGUGGCCGUCGGCGGCCCCAUUCCGCCGCUGAGUCAUUCGCCUUACGGCAGUCAUCACCACGUCGUCCACGCGUCUCAGGCCAACCACAACGGCGGUGGUGGCCAGGGCCAACCGCAACAGCAGCAGACGCCACUGGGCAACAAUUCCCACGAAUUCCGGCGUAGCGACAGCAAAUCGUCGACGGGGCCGGGCAGCAGCGCCAGCAGCAAACGGGUCCCGCCCGAAGUGCCGAGGCGCACCAGUUCGGCCUUGUCCACCAAAUCGCCGUCGGUCAAUUCAUCUCAAGGAUCUUUGGGCUCGGCUGGACCGAACGCUGCCGGCCUGCUGGUCGAGUCCUCCUCCCAUCCCAGGCAGCAGCAGCAGCAGCGAUCGCAAACGCCCAACUUGCCCGGCUAUUCGGGGGUGGCGGCGCUGAUGGCGGUAGACCCGGCCGGCGAGAGACGGACGUCCAAUUUAUCGGCCGAGCACAGCACGAGCGAAGACUCGCUAGAAGGGGCCGGGUACAGCAACAUUUUCUGGAGCGAAAGCGGCGGGACGGGCCACCAGAAUCAUCCCGUCACCUCCAGCUCAUCGUCGGGUCACACGACGCAUUCGUCGCCCGUGCCUUUCCCACCCGUCCUCCACGGCCAGUACGACCACCGGCUGACGGCCAACGGUGGACCCGUGGCUCAACUUCCUUCCGCCACCGCCACCGCUCCAGCUGGCCAUUCCUCCUACCCCACGAAUAGCAGUAGCGGAGGCCAGCCGACGACUCCUGCCCAGGCCAAAGUGCUGGAAAGCAUCCGCAAGCGCCAGUACCGGGUGGGUUUGAAUCUGUUCAACAAGAAGCCGGAACGGGGCGUGGCCUACCUGACGCAAAAGGGAUUCCUGGAGGCCAGCCCGCGGGCGGUGGCCAAGUUCUUCAUCUCGCGCAAAGGCGUCAGCAAGCAGAUGAUCGGCGAGUACCUGGGCAACCUGCAGAACGCCUUCAACAUGGCGGCCCUGGACUUUUUCAUCGAGGAACUGGACUUUGCCGCCCUGGACGUGGACGUGGCCCUGCGCCGCUUCCAGACCUACUUCCGCAUGCCCGGCGAAGCCCAGAAAAUCGAGCGGCUCAUGGAAGUCUUUGGCCAGCGCUACUGCCAGUGCAACCCGCAAGUCGUGGCCCGUCUCCGCAAUCCCGACACGGUUUUCAUUCUCGCCUUUGCCGUCAUCAUGCUCAACACGGACCUCCACACGCCCAGCAUCAAAGCUGAUAAGCGGAUGAAGUUGGAGGAUUUCAUCAAGAACCUGCGGGGGAUCGAUGAAGGUGCCAACGUGGAUCAGGAAAUUCUCGUGGGCAUUUACGAACGAGUCAAGGCGGCCGAGUUCAAGCCGGGCGCCGAUCACGUGACUCAGGUGCUCAAAGUCCAGCAGAGCAUCGUGGGCAAGAAGCCCAACCUGGUGCUGCCCCACCGACGGCUCGUCUGCUAUUGUCGCCUCUACGAAGUGGCCGACGCCGGGCGACGGGAAAGGGCCGGCCUCCACCAGCGCGAAGUCUUCCUCUUCAACGACAUUCUCGUCGUCACCAAAAUCUUCAGCAAGAAGAAAAAUGGCGUCACUUAUUCGUUCCGACAGAGUUUCCAGCUGGCCGGCCUCAACGUGUCCUACUUUGAGUCGCAUCAUUAUCCGUUCGGGAUCCGGUUGUCGCAGCGGGUGGACGGGCGGACGCUCAUCAUGUUCAACGCCCGCAACGACCACGACCGCGCCAAAUUUUGCGAGGACCUGCGCGAGGCCAUUCUCGAAAUGGACGAGAUGGAGAAUUUGAGGAUUGAGGGAGAGCUGGACAAGCAGAGGACGGCGGCCAGGAUCAGCCGGGCGCCCACCACGCCGACUUCCAUCCAACCCCCUCCUGGGAUGGGCAACGGCGCCUCGUCGUCGAAUCUUUUGGCUUCCGGAAGGGACAACCGCGACAGCGGAGUGGCCGACAUGGACCACAACGGAUCGGUGACGACCCUGGAGGAAACGUCAUCGUCGACGACGCCGCUCUCACGCCGGACCAGCAACAGCAGCGUCCAGCAGCGCUCGGUGGUGAUACGCGAGACUGGCGGUGGCCUGACGGAGGCGACCCUGAAGCGGACGACGUUGAGCAAUUCUUUGCUGGACAUUCACGAUCCGGUGGAGCGGUACCAGCGGCGCGGCAGCGUCGGUUCCCUGGACUCUGGCAUGUCCAUUUCGUUCCAGUCGUCGACGACCAACAGCACCAUGAGCCGCGACUCGUCGCCAAAGAAUCUCCAGCCCCACCACCACCAGCAGCCGGCCAUGGCCGCCGCCGGCAAAGUCCCUCGAGGACUCCAGCACCAGUCGUCGUUCCUGGGCAACAUUUUCCACAAGGCUCGCGAGCGCAAAAACUCUCGCGGCUCCUCGUCCGACAACAACUGCGCCACCACCGCGGCCACGGCCGUCAACGUCAACGUCACGGUCGUGGCCGGAACGCCGGGCAAGCAGCCAGCAGCAGCAGCAGCAGCAACGGCAGCGGCCGGCUCCUAUCCAACGCCUCACUGCACCGAUGUCUGAAAUAUGUUUCAUUUCUGAAUGGAACGGAAAAACCGUCCGCCGCCCAACAAAUUGUGUCGUUUUUUUCUUUUUUGUUUGUUGUCCUCCUCCCAUCUCAUCGUCUCAUCGUUUCUCUUAUUUUUUAUCAGCCAAUCCAAUAUUUUCUUUUCUUCUUUUUAUAUUAUCUAUUAUGGAUUAGAGAAUUAUCCCUCUCUCCCUUUCAUGUCGCCAACAAACUAAAGGAAUUCUUCUCGUCUCUUUUCUGUAUCUGUUUUCUGUUCCACCACCACCACCAACUACUACUACCCGUGUCGCACCGAAUUCCUCCCCCCCCCCCCCUCCGAACAACAACCGACAUCCAGCAGCGGCUUCUUCUUCUUCUGGCGCAUCCGGAAAAGGAAAGAAAAAAGAAAAAUUCCGUCUGUUUUUGUUGUUGCGUCGGUCUAGUCACACAACACGGGAGGGGGGCAGAGGGAGAGAAACUCUGUGGAAAAAUCAAAUGUUUCAAACCAAAAGAUGUUUUUAUGGAAAACACACGCAGAUACAAAAUCUCCCCCCUCUCUCCCACCCAAACCUGAUGGAAAAAAUGUUUUUAGAAAAAAAAGAAAAAAUUUUUUGGAGAAAAAAAGAGAAAAGAAAAAAUUUAAUUUUUUGGGGGUUUUUUCUUUUCUCCUCCGUUUCGAGAACCGUCUAGUCGCGUCUCCCGACAUCGCUCGAUUGCAUGAUUACAUAACCAGAUUUCAGACUAUACAUCUAGUGAUUAACCCAACCUAUUAAUUCAGAUUACAAUAUAUAUAUAUAUGUAAAAAUAUGAAAACAACCCAUUCGCAUAAGCAAAUAACAAACAAAAAAAAACCUACAAAAAAAUUAAAAAAUUGAACGAAUACCAGCAAAAGAUGCAUUUCUUGAGGGGGGAAAUUUAAAUAUAUUUUUUUUUUCUCUUUCCUUCUCAUUUUCAAAAAAACGAAAUAUUUGUUAGGAAAAAGAAAAAAAUGAUGAAAAAUGACGCGUGAGCCAUUUUCUCUAUACAUAUAAAUAUGAUAAUGAUGUACUAGUACUAUAAACUAUUCGUGUGUCCAUUCUUCUUUUUCUAUCUUUCCCCUCUAUAUUUCUAAUCGUGUACAUUUUGUUUUCCCCUUUUUUUGGCGAGGGGGCGAAUGGAGGAAAUGAAAUGUCUAUUCUUUCUUUCUUUUUAAAAAACAAAAAAAUUUCGUGUGUAUUCUUGUUCAUCUUUUCUUUUUUCCCCUUUGGGGGGUUGCAUUGUCACUUUCUCUUUCCCAUGCCCAUUGGUAAAAUCGUAGACGCGUGAGCUGACGAUUCCCCCAAUCCCUUUUUUUCUCUCAACUCGCCCUAUUAUUCGUGCGUGUGUUUUUGUGUGUGUGACCGCUGCUAAUCUAUACAUACAAUGAGGUACAACAACAACAACAAAUAACUGUUUACUACGAACUAACUACAUUAUAGCUUCACCGUGCAAAUGCUGCCAGUCUCUCUCUCUCUUUCUCCAUGUGUGUGUGUAUACAACGUCAUUUUCAGAUUCUUUUCUUUUUCUGGCUACUUUCUAUAGACGCGUGGAGAAAGAGAGAGAGUCGUUGAACUUUUCAGCAUCUUAUUCUGCUCCUUUUUGUACAUCACCAAAUUUAUAUUUCAUUUUUUUUUUACGUCGUGUGUGUACCCGGAACGCCGCUCGUGUGUCGCCUGUCGUGUGUGUGGUUUAUUUAGUCUCUUUUUGUACAAUUUUUCUUUUCUUUUCUUGGCUGGUGACAACUUUUUGUGUGUCGUCUUUAGCCAUUCGAAUGUAUUUUUCUCGUCUCUCUCCCUGCCCAGUUGUCGAUUUGUUUUAUAUGCGUCACCUUAUUUCUCUCCCUCAUCUCUCCUUAUUUUUAUUUUGUACCUUAUUAUGUGGUCGAGUUCGAUUAAUAUAUACAUACAUAUAUUUA